AUGCCGGAUGACUACCCCAUGGAUUCCAGCGGUGACUCCAUGCCACCUGAGGGCUGGCCGUGGGACGGUCAGGCAAAGCAGUCCGGUGGUUAUCCGGUAGGGCCCACGCCUCCAGUUGACCCCAUGCCCCCUAUGCCCCCUAUGCCUCCAGGAUGGAACGCGACGGAGGGUGGCCGGUCAUUUCACGACAACUACACUGAAGGACCAAUGGUGCAUGACCUAUCAUAUUGUGCGAUGCUCAUGGACUCACCGGUGCCGGCUACCAUGAGUGAGGUACCCUGGUUCUGCAUGUGUACACUGUGCCAUGGCAACAACAGGGGUCCCAAAGGUGACAGAGGAGCCCGGGGAUAUCCAGGUCUACCGGGUAGCCCAGGCAGAAGAGGACUAACAGGGAUGAGAGGACGCCCAGGGUUUUGGGGUCGCCAGGGAAUUAAAGGUCAGAAAGGUGACGAUGGCGAAAAAGGACAGAUGGGAUACAUGGGAGGAAUGGGACCUAAAGGAUCCAGAGGCUAUAAGGGUGACAAAGGCGACCAAGGCAUAGAGGGUGUCCAAGGUGUGCAGGGUCCAAUAGGGGAUCCAGGCAUCUGCCCUGCCAGCUGCGAACCCAUCCCUGGCCCACCGGGAGAUCCUGGCCUUCCGGGACGCGUCGGAGCCAGGGGUAUUCCAGGGGUGGAAGGUGAACAAGGUCCCAAAGGUCAGAAGGGAGACAUGGGCGAUAUGGGCAUGAAAGGAGACACCGGGAACGAGGGGGCGAAAGGAGACCAGGGCGCAAAGGGUGAAUGUACCUGCACAGACGGGGAGGAUGGCAUGGACGGAAUGCCUGGUCCGACUGGGCCCAAGGGAGACAAGGGCAGCAUGGGCGUAGACGGUCUACCCGGGACGGACGGCGCGAAGGGAGACAAGGGAAACAUGGGAGUGACGGGAAUGCCUGGCCCAUGCUCGCCAGUCACUCAGGCAGGCUUCACCGCCGCCCUGACCAUGAGCUACCCGGAGCCAUUGCUGCCUGUGAUCUUUGCGCGUGUCAUCACCAACGUCCUAGGUACUUACAACCCCAUGGAGGGUGUCUUCACAGCUCCAGCCAAUGGCACGUACGUCUUCAGCUACAACCUGCAGGUCAUGAUGAGACCACUUGUGGUGGGACUGUUCAGAAAUUUCGUUCCACAGGUGAGGACCACUGAACCCAACGACUUGGGCACUGCGUCCCAGACCAUCGUGCUUCACCUGCAAACAGGAGACAGGAUUUGGAUUCAAGUGAAGGACAACCUUAGCAAUGGCAUGUUCGCAGGCCCAGAUAGCUCCAGCACAUUUUCCGGCUUUUUGCUCUAUCCUGAUUCUUGUGACAUUCCGUUGUUCAGAGAAUUUCCUAUGCCAGUGAAAGGAACCUACUCAUGGGAUGGCCCCACAACCCCAACCCCAAGCCCAACCCCUGAGCCCUAG